GAGGGGGUGGUGAGAGGAGAAGGUCCUCAUACACUGACCUCCUGGAUGCGCGAAGUCGACAGUAUUCGCAGCCCUGCUCUUUCGGGGGGGAAAUCUAUUGUCGGGCGUCAGUAGUAGUGUAUGGAAUGAACGGGAGGAACGACGGAUGGUGAUUCUCUCCGAAAUGGCUCCCUUGGAAGGGAAGAAUGGGGGAAGCUUGUGGGUCAAAGGUAUCGAGGAGGAUUUGUGGGUUGGGGGGGGCUUUGGCACUUUCUCAAGGCACAUAAUGUCGGUCUUCGUGUUUUGGUUUUUGCAGAUGCACUUCUGCUCUGGGUUGCGUCGGCGCAAAUUAGGCUGUACAUCCGUUGAAUGAAAUCCUACAUAGUAUCAUCGAGUCCCCUCAGUUUGCCCC